UUUUGAUACUGGCUGAAGUGGAAGCACACCAGCUGGCCAUGUCCAUCACAGCUGCCAAGUCGGAGAAUUCCUGAUUAUACUUAGAACCCACAGUCAGUGGCUCAGAGGAACUUUGCAAUGAACCAUGCUUUAAAAUUAAGCAGCCAAGAAGAAAUAUGCCCGUCUUUGACUAAAGAAGCCGGAUCCCUCUUCCCCCAUCCUUGGAUUAAUCAUGAAAGACUUGCUAAACAUUCCACUUGUAUAUAUCUUCACUCUGGUGGCCUUCAGCUUGGCUGAGAGACUCCCGAAAGCUCCUGUUAUUACUACUCCCCUCGAAACAGUGGAUGCCCUAGUUGAAGAGGAAGCCACCUUUGAGUGUGUAGUAGAGUCCUUCCCUCAGGCAGAGAUUACUUGGACACGUAAUAACAUUCCUAUCAGGCUUUUUGACACACGUUACAGCAUACGGGAAAAUGGGCAGCUCCUAAAAAUCUUGAGCGUGGAGGACAGUGAUGAUGGGGUAUACUGCUGCACUGCGAACAAUGGUGUAGGAGUCCCAGCAGAAAAUUGUGGGGCCUUACAGGUGAAAAUGAGACCCAAAAUAACCCGCCCACCUUCAAAUGUGAAAAUAAUAGAAGGAUUAAAGGCUGUUUUCCCAUGUACUACAAUGGGGAAUCCCAAGCCUUCAGUAUCAUGGAUCAAAGGAGAAAAUGUUGUAAAGGAAAAUGUACGGAUUGCUAUUCUUGAAUCAGGCAGCUUAAGGAUUCAUAAUGUUCAAAGAGAAGAUGGUGGUCACUACAGAUGUGUUGCAAAGAACAGCCUUGGGACUGCCUACUCGAAACCCGUAAUUCUAGAAGUGGAAGUUUUCAAUGAGACAAAUGCAACUGAUGGAGUUUUUGCUCGAAUCCUGAAAGCUCCUGAAUCCUACAAUGUCAGCUUUGGCUCCGUGGUGACGCUGCAGUGUGCAGCAACAGGCAUUCCAACUCCAACUGUGACAUGGCUUGAAAAUGGAAAAGCUGUCUCAGCAGGGUCCAUCGUAGAAACAGUAAAAGACAGAGCAAUUGAUUCUAGGCUCCAGGUGUAUGUCACGCGUCCUGGUUUGUUCACUUGCAUAGCCACCAACAAGCACAGCGAGACUUAUGGCACUGCAAAAGCUGCCGCCACAAUCAACGUGUCAGAAUGGAGCAGACUUUACAAGGGUGAUGCAGGCUACUGUAGCACAUACCGUGGAGAGGUCUGUAGUGCUCUGUUGGCAAAGGAUGCAUUUGUUUUCUUCAAUGCUUCCUAUGGAGACCCAGAGGAGACCCAAGAACUGCUUGUACGCACAGCAUUGACUGAACUGAAAACAGUGAGUCCUCUGUGCCGCCCAGCUGCUGAGUCACUGCUGUGUCACUACAUCUUCCAAGAAUGCAAUCCCUCCAGGAUUGGACCUGCUCCCAAACCUGUUUGCAGAGAGCAUUGCCUUGCUGUAAAGGAUCUCUACUGCUUUAAGGAAUGGCUUUCAAUGGAAGAAAAUGCCCGCAGAGGAAUCUACAAACCUGGACUGAUGUUACUUACCCUGCCAGAAUGCAACAGACUUCCGAGCAUACAUCAAGACCCCAAGGCCUGCACAUGGAUUCCACAUCUAGAUCUUAAAAAGGAAGAUGUAACAACAACUUGUUACAAAGGCAAUGGCUUAACUUACCAAGGUUCUAUCAAUGUCACAGCCUCUGGCAUUCCUUGUCAAAAGUGGAAUGAACAGGUACCUCAUUCACACAGAAAAACCCCUCAGGUUUUCCCAGAACUCUCAAAUGCAGUUAACUAUUGCCGUAAUCCAGGAGGUAUAAAUGAACAACCAUGGUGUUACACAAAGGACGCAUCUAUAAAAUGGGAAUACUGCAAUGUUCCUCAUUGUGGAGAUGAAUCUUUGUCACAAGGAACAACAAAGCCAAGUGUAGCUGUACCACAUUACCCUCCGUCUUUCUCCCCAACAUACUCCAUGACUGUCAUUGUAGCUAUCAUCUCCAGCUUUGCAAUGCUGUUUAUUCUCAUUAUUACUGUUCUCGUUUGUUGUCGGAGGCAAAAGCAAUGGAAAAACAAAACAAGGGAAUCAGUGCCACCGGCUCUGACAACACUUCCUUCUGAGCUCUUAUUGGAUAGAUUGCAUCCAAAUCCCAUGUAUCAGCGCAUGCCUUUACUCUUGAAUCCAAAAUUAUUCAGUCUGGAGUAUCCACGAAACAACAUUGAAUAUGUGAGAGAUAUUGGAGAAGGAGCUUUUGGACGGGUUUUCCAAGCAAGGGCACCUGGACUACUUCCUUAUGAACCGUUCACAAUGGUGGCAGUGAAGAUGCUCAAAGAAGAGGCCUCAGCAGACAUGCAAGCUGACUUUCAGAGAGAAGCUGCUCUCAUGGCAGAAUUUGAUAAUCCUAACAUUGUCAAACUUUUAGGAGUGUGUGCUGUUGGAAAGCCCAUGUGCCUACUGUUUGAAUACAUGGCGUUUGGAGACCUCAAUGAAUACUUGCGUAACCGAUCACCACGCAAUCUCUGUAGCCUAAGUGACAAUAACCUUGACAUAAGAAUCAGACCCUCCAGCCCUAACCUGCUUGCCCUCUCUUGCACGGACCAGCUCUACAUUGCCAAACAGGUGGCAGCUGGAAUGGCCUACCUGUCGGAGCGCAAGUUUGUUCACCGGGACUUGGCCACCAGGAACUGUUUGGUGGGAGAAAACAUGGUGGUGAAAAUUGCAGAUUUUGGUCUGUCCAGAAACAUGUAUUCAGCAGACUAUUACAAAGCAAAUGAGAAUGAUGCCAUUCCUAUACGAUGGAUGCCUCCCGAGUCUAUCUUCUACAAUCGCUACACAACCGAGUCUGAUGUUUGGGCGUAUGGUGUAGUCUUGUGGGAGAUUUUUGCCUUUGGCAUGCAGCCAUAUUAUGGGAUGGCUCAUGAGGAAGUCAUCUAUUACGUGAGGGAUGGAAACAUCCUAUCUUGCCCAGAUAACUGUCCUUUGGAGCUCUACAACCUCAUGCGCCUUUGUUGGAGUAAGCAGCCUUCUGAUAGGCCAAGUUUUGCAAGUAUUCAUCUUAUUCUGGAGCGCAUGUAUGAGAGGGCAGUGGCUACUGAACAUGCAUGAGUCAAAAUAGCAUCACAUGAUCUUCCUUUAAUGAACCAGUUGGGAUGGAACAGAGGAUGUGGACCUGAGUGAUCAUUGCUCUCUAUAGAUGUGACACAGGCAAGGCUCCCAAUAGAGAAAAUGAACCAAGUGAGCCCUUUUGCUUGACUGAAGCUUGAAGAUCAGAUGGGGUCACUGCUGCAUUUAAAAACAUAAACAAGCACACACACACAUUUCUCCAAAAGUCACAUUUUAUUUUUUUCUUCUUCCCAACUUUCUGUUCCACCAAAACCAUUCAAAAUAACAAAAAUAAAUAUAUAAAAAGGCACUACUAAAAAGUAGAUUGUAAAAAGCUUAGACAGUGACAGAACCAAAAAUUGAACAUGAAUUGAAGCAGCAAACCACAAAAAGUAGGUGCUUCAAAAGUCUGGUUUGUUUAUAAAACUGCCAGUCUAGAAAAAGAAGAUUUUAACUGUUGAUUUGGAACCUGCAUGUCUCUAUAUAAUUGCCAUUUGUGAUCUGAGCCAGCGCAGUGGUGCCUCUACUCUUGUGCAGUCUUCUCCAAGAGGAAGCAGCUCAUCAUGAUCUUUGGACUGAGUUUUGUUUUCUUCAGCCUUUCUUUUAGAUAUCUUUUUAAUCAUUAAAAUAGAAUGGGAGGUGGUAGUGAUGAAUGGGAGACUAUCUGCAUGCAAAGUACCUGCGAACUCUAAUCCCAGCACAAACAUGGGAUUGUUCCAGAGUGGCUUGGAGUCAGCCACAUCUGAUAGGCUGGAAUGGAAAUGGAAGGAUGUCAGAUAGACCAUUGGUGUUAAUAACACUGAAAGCUGCCAGUUUCAAUUUGGAUAGGGGAAAAAUAUUUUUACCUUUUUUCAGAAUUAUAGAGAAGUUCAAGAUUUUUUUAUGAUCUGGAAUGUAUACAGGUCAGAUGUGGACAAAUUGCACCCACAGGAGCUUGUCUGUAUCUCCCAUCGCCCAACACCCCUCCACACCCCACAGCACCUCCUCCCCCAUAUAUUAUAAAAGCUAAAAUCACCUCAAAAUGGUCAAACACCACUGCUGAAAACAGAGUACGAAUGUGAUUUUUGCUUUUGCUUUUAUCCACUUAGACAGUGGGAAGCAGCCAGGGGUGUGGGUGUGAAAAAUGGGUCCUGUACUCUCUACAGUUGCACAGCUCUGCUCCGCUACGUCAAUAUGGCGGUGGCCGUGUGGAACGGCCGCUGCCAUUUGUCACAGACUCUGUCUGUGAUAGGGUAAGGGGCGUCUGGAAGAGAAGCCCCUUUUUCAAAAUGGGACAUACUAAGGACGUCCCUUAUGGCAGUGUGUAACACGCCACCAUAACAGGCCAGGGGCUUGAUGAAUGGGGUAGUUUGUUACUUUGGAAGAAGGGGAGGGGGGUCUCCAAACAUGUCAUGGAAACACUUCUUAGGAGUUGAAUACACCACCUGCAUUUCUGAGAUCUCACCCUCUUGUUCCUCCACCAUAGGCUAUUGAUCAGGGUGCUCUCCAAGCCUUUGUUUAGAAUAUUUGGGGUGGGAGAUGGCCUAACAUGGGAAAGACCCAGUUGAAAGUACCUAAAACUGGAUCCCCUCCGAAAUAUCCAUUAAACCAGUCAAGCACUCAACCAGCCUCAUGUCCCACAAAGUUAAAAACUUUUUCCAUUGCACUUUUCUUGUUAAAGUCUUCCCGUUACCCUUACUGCAGUCACCCUCACUGCAGUUAGUUCUAGUAGGCAGGUAUUGGUACAACUGAGAGGAAAACAUGGCCUUUUGUUAUCCAGCAUUCCAGCCUUUGCAUUAUUAGUGCAAACCAGAGUGAAACUGCAUUGUCUUUGAGUAGCAGUCAUUUCCAUCUAAAGAAUAAUUAAGCUAUUAUUGCAGAGGGAAAAACAAGCCUUGUUUGACACAGCGUAAUGGUGAAUGGCACUAUAUGGACUGUUUAAGAUCGGUAAUGGUGCUUAAAUCUUGUCAUGUUCUAGCAUGGUUCCUAGGUUGCUGUACUAAGAUUGUACCCUUCCAUAAUCUUUCCUUUGUGAAUACACAAGGAUUUGUGAUCAGACUUUUAAGAAUGCUGAAGAGAUGGAUUGGUGAAUGUGUCACUUCUCACAAAAUUAUUUAACAAAAAUCUCAAGUUUAUUUUGGCAAAUUUAAAAAAGAAAUGUAUGAACAUUGAAAAGUUGUUAUCAAAAAAGAAAACAGAAUGAAAUUCACACCCAUUCCUAAUCUGCAGUUAGUGAGUGUCUUUCCUCUGGCAUCAAGGGGCUUUGGAAGAAGGAUUUCAGAGGAAGGAUGCAACCCUAGCAAUAGUUUUGCCUGAGAAAAUGCCAUAUAAGUUGCAAGUCUGGUAACAAAUGGACCCAUACCAUACCUAUUCAUUCAAUGUUUUUAAAUUUUUAAUUUUUUUCAUAAAGUGACAUAAAUAAACCACCUUUUACAC